AUGAGUUGCGAAAUACUAUUGGGUUGCUGGGCCAUCACUGGCCCUGACAAAGUGGACGGUUAUGUAGGGGGAUCCCUCUCUGUGCGCUGCCAUUAUGACGAAGGCUAUGAAGACAAUGCAAAGCUGUGGUGCAAAAAGAAAAAACACUUUCUUCGCAAUUCUUGUCGUACAUCACUUGAAUCAGAAACAGGGAAAAAGCUGAGAAAGGGCAACCUCUCUAUCAAAGACAACAAGGGAAAGCUGUACUUUGAAGUGACCAUGGACGAGCUGAGAAUGGAUGAUGCUGGUCUUUAUCAAUGUGUUGUAGAUGGUCCAUUAUUCGAUAUGCAGGAUGUUGAAGUGGUUGUUUUCCCAGUUCACUUCCUGCCUACCCAGGUGUCUACAUACAAUAUGGAAGAUGCUCACAAGGAGGAGCCCAUUCCUGAUCAUCCCCCAGAUGUUGAUGGGAUGGGGCUCUACAGAAUUGUUGCUGCCCAUCCUCAAAGUAACAAGGGGAUCCAUUCCCAGGAAAAGGCUUCAGAGAACAAAGAUGACAUUCCCUAUGCCACGCUGGUUCUUCCGGAUCUGCAGCAUCAAGCCAUCUAUGACAACGUAGCUCUCCCCAGCCAUGCCCUUCCGCAACCACCAAAUAAGGAAGUCAUCUAUACAGAAGUGGCAAAGAAGCCAGGCCAUUAA